AUGAACAACUCCAAUAAUAUAGAUGAAGUGACCUUGAACAACUUGCCUGAUGACUGCUUAAUGGAAAUAUUCAAGUAUUUACCUCGAUUUCAGGAACGGUUAAAAGUAGGACGAGUGUGCAAGAGAUGGAAUCGAGUCGUCAGACUCUGUUGUGCUGACAGCCGUGAAGUCGUCGUAGAGCCACCAGAGUAUUUCCUAAGACAUCUGCAAACCAUCAUUGUACAAGGCCAGGUUGUCAGGAUCAAAACUGCAGGCAAUGCGAUGGUUAAGGGGGUAAUUAGUCUCUGCGGUCCUUGGCUGAUCAAGUUGAGUGAUUUGCCAGAUCACAAAAGGACAACAACCAUUUCAGAGGCAUCAAAACAAUGCCAACAAUUGGAGGAGAUCAAGGUGAAGAUUCACACUCCGGUGCAGGACAGGAGAUUGCGGGAUUUAGGGAUGGUCAACCAGAGUUUACAUCAGUUAUCAGUGGAAAUAUAUAUGAAGGGAACAAACACCUGGUUCGAGAGAUUGAAUGGCGCAUCUCUGCAGAGACUGCGAAUUUUCACUGAGGAUUUCAGUGAGGGACACAUGCUCAACAGUUUGGCAACGAAAAUGUUGGAACUGAUGAACCUCGAGGAAUUCUCGAUAAAUAUAAUCAAUGAUGGCUUGCUCCAGAGUAUUGCAACUAUGACAACUCUGGAGAAUGUUGAAAUUUCUAGAGCUCAUAGUGUAAUUGAGCUAUCUGAAGAGGGACUCAAUGGCAUUUUGAAUCUGAAGAACUUGAGGAGUCUCUACAUUAACAGCGCGAAUAGCCCUCAACGGUGGUGCACUGACACUUUCAUCGGGAAUUUGGCCGAGGCCUGUCCUCGAAUUGAGCGUUUGACCCUUAGAGGCAACCGUCACAUUAGCGAUCGAAUACUCCCAAAAUUAUCACAUCUAAGAGAACUCAAAUGCCUGACCCUCAGUAAUCUUCGGGAGAUUAAAGGAGGAUCGCUCCACCUCCUUAUAAAUUUGGAGACUCUGAUACUGACUCGCUGCCCCAAGAUGGAGUCUGUCAAUGUAGAAGGGUUACUCCGCAAAUCGAGGGUUCUGAAGGAGCUCAUGCUAUAUAGCACCCCUACCCCAAACAGUAUUUUUUAUGCAGCAGUCGAAGGACUCAACACAAGAAACGAUGGCGCGGAACAGGAGUUGAACAUCAUGGUUGAUGGAUUUAUUAACCAACAGACUGUCCGCGACAGAUAUUUAUUCAUCAGCCAUCCACUACUGACGAUCAAUCACCAUAGACUGUGA